AUGUAUAUUUUGAAGUUUGGAUCAAGAUUUUCGUCUUAGAAAUCAUAUGAUUAUUUAUAUGGCAUAAACCCAGUUAUGUCUGCAUUAUAUGCUAACAAAAGAUCAUUUACAUAACUUUAUGUAAAUUAAACAUAAUAAAAUGAUUAUAUCAACCCAAGAGUCUCUAAUAUUCUUAAUAGAGCUUAAUCUUUAAAACUGGAUGUUUAAAUGAUUCCCAAAAAUAAAUUAGAAAGAUAUUGCAGCAAUGACCACCAUUAAAAUGUAAUUUUAAAAUGUUCAAAAUUAAAUUAUUGUAAUUAAUUACCUGAUGAAUCCAAUUUUGUUCUAUUGGAUUCAGUUUAAGAUCCUUAAAAUUUUGGAGCAAUCUUAAGAGUCUGUUUUUUUUUAGGAAUUAAUACAGUUAUUGUUGAAAAAAAGGGUUAAUGUCCAUUAUCUCCAACAGUAAGUAAAACAAGUGCAGGUGCUCUUGAAUUAAUGAACAUUUUUGAAACUGAUAAUUUGGCCAAUUUUGUAAAACAAAGAAAACAUGAGUUUUAGGUAAUAGGAAGUGGUUUUGAAAGCAAUAGUAUUCCAAUUGAUGAGUUUUAGAAGGAUUAAAAUAAACCUAAAAAAAUAAUCAUUUUUGGAUCUGAAAGUUCAGGAAUAAGAACAGAAUUAUUCAAAUAAUGUGAUACAAUUGUAAAUAUAAUGACUAGUCGACAUACUUUUCCAGAAACCUUAGUUGAUUCAUUAAAUGUAAGUGUAUCAGCUGGAAUCAUAUUAUAAUCAGUGUUGAAUAGUAAAUGA